UACACCCCUUGGUUCCUUCUAAUGCCAGACUUCUGUUAAAUAACAAAGGCAUCAGCACAUUUUAUUUUUCUCGGGAGAAAAAUCACAUUUUGAUUCUCUAACAUGCACCCCCUUCUGUUUGCCACCACCGGGACCGUGAUCUCCACCCCAACACCGACGCUGCCAUGCCCUUUUCUUCCAAUUCCAAGCCUAAAUCCUCAAACCAUGCCCACAUUUCAAACUGCAAUUCUCAUUCCCUUUCCUGCAAGCACUCUUCUUCCGCCACUCUUGACCUCCUCAUUCUCAUUCUUGUCCUCUUCUCCGGUGCUUUCCUUCUUUCUUCUUAUUUCUCUUAUAUCUUCAACUCCCUUUCCCUCCUCUCUCAUUUCACACCACAGCUCUACCAAUUCCCGACCCCUCAGAUUCUAGGGUUCAUCAUCUUCUUUGUCAUUUCGAUUUUAUUAGUUCUUUUCUGCUGUGGUACUCGAUCCCGUAAGUGUGGCAAGCCCCGAUGCAAAGGACUCAAGAAAGCAAUGGAAUUUGAUUUGCAGUUGCAAACGGAAGAGUCUCUCAAGACUGGGUCUGAUGAGAUUGAUAAACUGCCUUGGAAGGGUGGGAGUGAGAACAAUCCCGAUUACGAGUGUCUGAGUUCCGAACUCAGGAAUAUGGCCCCUGGUGGGCGUGCCGUCUUGUUGUUUCGAACAAAGUGCGGGUGUCCUGUUGCCAAGCUCGAGGGAUGGGGACCGAGAAAGGGGAAACGGCAUAAGAAGUUAUAUAACGGUUUCUGCUCAUCGCCACUGUUUUUCUUUGCUGUUGCCUUAGCAUUGUGCUCUCUGUUGUUUUAAGAGGACAGAUUGGUAGGCGUUUUAGUUUGUGUUGAUCUCGCGGCCUGAGAAAGAUGUAAUCUUUUUUAUUAAGCAUGGGGCAAUAACCUAAUAUAUAAAACCCUGAUUAAGUGUAAUGCACACAAAUGUAGAAACCUAUAAGUGGGUACAUUGAAAAAGUAAUAUUACAUGCAGACAUAGGUAAAAGAUAUCUGAGGCUUCUGUCUGGGUAUCCAUCAGUGCAGAUGACCCGACAAGUUGCCUUAUCUUAGCUGAUGAUGCCUCUGCCCUAUAAUUUAUGCUGAGUUGUAUUUCAACUCUUGGAUGUAAAGCAAACAUAGAAGGGCCGUUUUGAUUGUUCACCGCCAAUUGGCCGGAUGAGCAAUGCAGUUUUUGGUGGUUAGUGUGCGCUGAAGGGCUUAAUACCAUUUUCUUUACGAGCUCUUGAAUUUUCACCGGCAUCUGCAGAAACAUGUUGGAAGGCUGCCAUUGCCCUCUUUUGAGUUGUACUACAUGUGAAUGACAAUAAAUGAUGAGAUGGCUCCUCAGCUUAAGAAGCUAAAGCUAUAUCAUCCCAAGCCAAAUGUUACCUUUAGAUGUCCCUACCCAAUAGAAUUCUUAAUGGAGGGGGAGAUCAUCCCUGACACA